AUGGACAGGGAAAAUCAUAAACCACUUAAGAUUACUUUAAAGCUGAAGGGAGAGAAGAUUCUUGAAAUCUAUUCGAACAAAGAAGAAGAAACCGGAGCUGCCGGUACUUCUGCUCUUCCCGGCAGCCCAACGACGAAUGCGCAGAACCAAGAUCGAGAAUCUGAUGGUUCUGCAAGUGAGACAGACAGCGAAGCCACGGAGGAUGACCUUCGCACAUUGGCAAUUAAGCGGCAACAAAGAUUUUCAAAUAAAAUGCCUCGAGGUAUAGGGUCUGUAGGUUCUUUUGCAGUCCAAUGCGAUAUCUGCUCGAAAUGGAGAUUGAUUCCGACCAAGGAGAGGUACGAGGAGAUUCGGGAGCAAAUAAUGGACCGGCCCUUCAUCUGUGAAGUUGCUCGGGAGUGGAAGAACGAGAUGUCGUGUGAGUAUCCUGCCGACUUAAUUCAAGAUGGCAGCCGGCUUUGGGCGAUGGAUAAGCCUAGUGUUCCCCAAACGCCUCCCGGGUGGCAACGGCUCUUAAAAAUUAGAGCUGAAGGAGGAACCAAGUUUGCAGAUGUAUAUUAUAUCUCCCCAACCGGCAAGCAACUUCGCUCCAUGGUUGAAGUUGAAAGGUACCUUUCGGAAAACUUGGAGUACAUAGCUGCCGGUAUUGACAGGACGAAGUUUUCCUUCCAAGUCCCGAGACCACUACAACGGGAUUAUGUUAGGAAGCGGCCGCCUCCAUCACCACUUCCCUUUGCUCCGAUCUUGAAUAUGAAUCUUAGCAGGGCAAGUUCUUCGAUGGGCGGGGAGUAUGAUAGUUCUUCGGGUUUGGUGGCCGAAGCCGAGCCAUCAAAGAAGGAAUAG